AUGUGCAAGACUUUUAAUGGUUGGCGGCUCCGUCCGGAAAGAGCAACGGCAACUGGGGCCGAACCACUGCUGGCUCAAGCAGAUGGCGUGAUUAGUAUUGGCGGGCAUUAUCAACCUGGUAGCCUUCGUUUAGCGGCACCGACAGGCGGUAAUCUCGCCCGACCCGACUUCCGGGUGCCGGUGCAGCGCUUUGACUUUUUGGGAAUCGUGCCGCUGCGCAUCGGUUCCUCAGGCGGUCCCCAUGUCGAUUCCGGUCAUGCCAACCCAAUACACAUUUCCAAGACAUCCCCAGUCGAACGCAUAGAGCAGCGAUGUCCUCUUAGCCAGGGUGCAAGUGAGACGCUUGCAAAUAAUCCUAAAGCGCAAACAUCGCGCAAGAAUCCACGUGAAUAUUGCCCUUGCCGUGAACAGAGAAUAGAAUACCAUGUGCUGCCAUGGGCUCAAGGUCAGACUGAUUUAACCACCAAAAAGAAUCCGGCGGGUCGAAUCGUCGAUGCGAGAUUGCCCAAGGCUGGGACAAGUCCAAAGGAUGAGAUGCACUGGAAACUUGGAAUGGAGAUAUGUUUGAGUGUGAAAAAUCCCAAGGGGACGAAGUUGGAGUCGGUGAGUCGGGAUGCGAGAGUGAUUUGCAAGAUGAGAGAGGAGAACUCGAAGAAGGAAGUAAGACAAUAUUUGAAUCAAGUAAGAGAUAACCCAGGGACGCUUGGGCUCAAGUACUUUCCUGGCCCACGUAAUUGUUAG